AUGUCCUCGCCAUCCCCGCAGCCCCAGCCACUCCGUCACCCGCCACCAGCACCCAUGUCGGACGCGAACAAUCCAUUUCUCAGGCGUGUCCCCCGUGACGAAGAGGGCAAGUUCCACGUCCCGCUCAUGGACGACCCGGACAACCCAAACUAUGCGCAGUACCAGCACGAUGUGCCACACCUGUCGCACACGCCGCAGCAACCUCACCAGCAUCACAUCCACCGUAUUCCUGUCCCGCACGACGGACCGGACCCGCAAGCCCCGCCCCACCACCGCCAUCGUCGCGGACGCCACAGCCCGCUGAUGGACGACGGUGGUGUGCCCGAUGAAGUUCUCGACAACUACGACUCGUACUCUAUCGUGUCCAAGAGCGAUGCCGGGUUCGAUGACAAUGGUGGUGGUGGUGGCGGCGGCGGCGGUGGUGGGGUCAGUGACGCAGUGUUUGGCACUGUGGAAGCGGGCAAGGGCCCCAACUACCGCAAUGUCGGCUGGAUUGGGUCCACGGUGCUCAUGACCAAGGGAAGUGUGGGCAUCGGUGUGCUCUCGCUGCCGCUUGUGCUCCACACGCUUGGGUUCAUUCCCGGUAUCAUUAUCAUUGUUUUCGUCAUGAUUCUGUGCACUUGGUGCGCCUGGGUUCUCGGCCAAUUCAAGCUCCUUCAUCCUGAAGUUUAUGCCGUGCCCGACGUCGGAACCGUCAUGUGGGGACCUAUCGGUCGCGAAUGCCUCGCCAUCUGCUUCUUCCUGUUCAUGAUCAUGACGGCUGCGGGCGGCAUCGUCUCGCUCUCCGUCUCGCUCAAUGCCGUCUCCCUCCACGCAACGUGCACUGCAGUCUUUGUCGCCGUUGCGGCCGUGUGCGGUUUCCUCACGGGCUCGAUCCGCACCCUCGGCGAAAUCUCGUGGCUGGGCUGGAUCGGAUGUAUCUCCAUCGUGGCCUCGAUCCUCACCUUGACUGUGGCUGUCGGCAUCGAGGACCGCCCGGCCGACGCGCCCAACGAGGGACCGUGGGACAGAAACAUCAAGCUCAUCAACAACCCCUCGUUUUCCGACGCCAUGAACGCCGUGUCGUCCGUUGUCUUUGCCUGUGGUGCCCUCCCGGCGUACUUUGGCAUCAUCUCCGAGAUGCGCGAGCCUCGCCAGUUUACGCGUUCCUUGCUCGUCUCGCAAAUCUUUGUGACGCUGCUGUACACGUCCAUUGCCGCCGCAGUCUACGCCAUGGUCGGACAGUACGUCUCCAACCCUGCCCUUGGCACGGCCGGCCGGGUCAUGAAGCGAGUCUGCUACGGCAUCGCCAUCCCGGGUCUCCUCGUUACACUGUGCAUGUACACCCACUUGCCAGCAAAGUACGUCUUUGUCCGCCUUUUGCGCGGCACAAAGCAUCUCACCUCCAACUCGUUCACCCACUGGUUCACCUGGCUCGCGUGCACCCUUACCUGCACCAUCAUCGCGUACGUCGUCGCCUCGGCCAUUCCCGACUUUGGCGCCCUGGUCCAGUUUGUCGGCGCGCUCUUCAGUCCCAUCAUGACGUUUAUCCCGUUCGCCUGCAUGUGGUGGUACGACUGUUGGCGUGGCAAGGACCCGGCCACCCGCUCGCUCUGGACCAAGCUCCACGGAAGUUGGGCCCUGUUCGUGUUCGUUAUCGCCAUCUAUUGCACCGUCGCGGGAACGUAUGCGGCGGUCAUUGACCUCAUCAACGCGGACGAGCACAGCUCGCCGUGGUCAUGUGCGGAUAACUCGCGUACGCGUAUGCCCAACGGCACUCUGUACUAG